AUGAGGCCUGAACUCGGCCGUCUGACCGGACGAACUGGCUCGAAUCUUCGCCUACUACGCGGCUCAUUAAGAACCCCAGACUAUGAGGUUCAGAUGUCCAGCUCUCCAGCUUUGAAGUGGGUCGGACCAGCCCACUCCUCCUCCCAACCACCUGGCCUUUCCCUUCUCGCAACAGCAGGCGUCUUCUUCUCAAAAACAGAUGCCUACCAAGUUGGUCUGUCCUACCAGCCGAGUUCUCGUCAUCCUCUAGCAGACCCGUCGCAUCCCUUCCUUCCAGCACGACUGGUUCUUGCUGAGCUGGUCCGAGUAGGAGGCCAUGUAGAUCAGGGUCCGAAAGAUUGGCUAAGCCCACUUUAUGUGCCUACUUCACACCCUUGUCCGCCACCACAGGUCCGAUGGUCUGUCGCCCUGUCAGAUCCCAACGCUAAUCUUCCAUCCUCGUGUCGUGGUCUGUUUGGGCCUCAUCCACCCAAACACACAUGGACCCACAGACCCGGCUGA